UUGACCGACGGGCAGGCGGGGGCUGCGGCGGCGCCGCGCCGGCGCCCCCCAUGCGCCAGGCGGCCGGACGGCGGCGUCGGGGGGCGCCAUGGCCUCGGCGGCGGCGGGCGAAGCGGAAGAGACCACCCGGCUGCGCAAGCCGCGCUUCUCGUUCGAAGAGAACCAGAUCCUGAUCCGUGAGGUACGCGCCCACUACCCGCAGCUCUACGGCGCUCAGAGCCGUCGGGUGAGCGUGGCCGAGCGGCGGCGUGUGUGGGACGGCAUUGCCGCCAAGAUCAACGGCAUCACCAGCUGGAAGCGCACUGGCCAGGAGGUGCAGAAGCGCUGGAACGACUUCAAGCGCCGCACCAAGGAGAAGCUGGCUCGCGUGCCGCACUCCACACAGGGCACCGGGCCUGCCGCCGAGGACGCCUUCUCCGCCGAGGAGGAGACCAUUUUUGCCAUCCUGGGGCCGGGUGUGGCGGGGCCAGGAGCUGGUGCAGGGGCAGAGCAGCCCUCCGCGGCCGCCUCUUCACAGCCACCGGCCCCAAGCGCCUGCGCCCAACGCUGUGUGUUGUCUGAGGACCGCAAGGAGGACCGACGGGCAGAUACACCAGCCCACAGCAAGGGGGGCUCGAGCAGCCCGGAGCCUUGGGCCAGACCCUCCUGCAAUCCUCAGGAAGGGGGCUGCCCGGCACCCAAGGAGCGUGAGUCCCCGCCCCCUCCGGCCCUGCAGACCAUCCAGCUGCCCCGCCUGGCCUUGUCUCCACCCCCCCCAGCCCCUCCGCUGCCACCACCCCCCGAGCCACCGCAACAGGUCCAAGUGGCACCCUCGCCUUCCAGCUCCCCCUCCCCUCCACUGCCUCCACCCUCGGCCCCAGACCCCUCCCUGGACUUCCUGCGGGCCCAGCAGGAGACUGCCAACGCCAUCCGGGAGCUGGCCGGCACCCUUCGCCAGGGACUAGCCCAACUGAGCGAGGCCCUCAGCGCCCUGCUGCCCCUUCUGCCCGGAACCCCCGCUGACCCACUGCCCCCGCCCCCGCCCCCACCCCCACCUCCACCGCCCAGGCCUGUCUUGUCCCCCCCCUCCCCCAAGGUGGAGGUCACCCCAGAGCCUGUGUCCGUGGUGGCUGCAGUCGUGGACGGGGCUGUGGUGGCAGCCAGGGGGGUGAUCAUUGCCCCUAGGAGCGAGGAGGGGGCCCCCCGGCCGCCGCCCGCCCCACUCCCUCCCCAUGACUCCCCACCACACAAAAGGAGGAAAAGUUUCCCUACACGGAAGAGGCGGGGGCGGUGGAAAUCUCCGUGACAUCUGCCGUGGGGUUCAAGCUUGUCUGCGCACCUUCUGCCUGCACCUCCUCCCCCCAGCUUAGCCCAGUGGAGGAGGGCAAUGCACUUUCCCCAUCCCAGCUGCACCCGGGCUCCCUGCUGCGGGGCACGAGCACCCCACUCCCUGUACUAGUUAGUGCCUGAUUCUGGGGGGCCUCCUUGAUGGGCCCCCCAGCCCUUAUCAGUACAGCGCUGUCUGCCUGGCUGCUUUCCUUAACCCUGACUUCUAAGCCAUGGAUUUUACGUUAUUUAUUAUUGCCCUUCGUGGGUUGCGGAGGGAACCUGCACAUCCCCCUCCCUUAACAGAACUCCUGGCCUUGACUUGAAGACAACUGACCCACUUCCCCUACCCAGACUUUGGAGCGGGUGGGAGUUUCAAGACAAGUCAGAAAAUGGAUGCAGAGGCUAUUGCAGUCUGUACCCUAGGGGCGGAUGGAGUUCUCAAUGGUGUAGGUUGAGCCUUCUGCCUCCCGUUGCAGUCUCUGACCUCCAGAGCUCAACCCCCUCUGUCCUCCCCAGUGGUGACAAGAUAUCAAUAAACUUAUUUUUAAUAUAA